GUGAACCAUUUCGCAGGACUUUUUGAUAUUGAACUCUUCAAGACGUGGAGUCGAUGCCUGUCACAUCAAUCAUGCCGGUAUUUCUGCCUGGUGAUCUGAUCCCCACCAGCCAGAUACCGACAUCCCAGAAGCGCAAAAUUGGCCAUGGACUCCAACAAAAUAGAGAGACAAACUUCCUUGCGACCAUUGGAGGAUUCUUGGAAAUCGACUAUCGCAAGAAGACGGCCCAAAUAUCCACACCGGAUGCUCGCUACAUACCCAAAGCAGGAGACCUUGUGAUCGCGCAAGUACGAAUCUCAACAGCAGACUUUUUCCAUGUCUACAUCAACCCUUACUCGCCCCAGGCAUUCUUGCCACAACUGGCCUUCGAGGGUGCCACCAAGAAGACGAGACCUCAACUGAAGGCAAACGACCUCGUCUACGCCAAAGUUGUCUCUGCGCAGAAGAACAUGGAGAUCGAGUUAAGCUGUGUGAAUCCAUCCACCGGCAAGGCGGAACCGGAUGGGCUGGGUCCGCUUAAUGGUGGUAUGGUAUUUGAUGUCAGCCCCGGUCUUGCUGAGAGACUUCUCAAGAAGCAAGGUGUGGUGGCGCUGGAGGAGUUGGGGUCGAGACUUCAGGGCGGAUUCGAGAUUGCGGUUGGCAAGAAUGGGAAAGUGUGGGUUGAUUGCCCAGAGGCUGGUGUGAAGGGAAUUUGUGCAGUGGGGCGAUGCCUGAGAGAGAUGGACGAGAACGAGAUGAAACAGAAGGAGCAGAAGAAGCUUGCAAACAAAAUCAUUGCUGAGCUGGAGCGCGGGUGACUGCAACAUUGCUGAGCAACGAAAGGAAAACCUCAUGACAAGGGCUGGUGCCUCGGAAAAACGAGAAGGAAACAAAUCACCCUAGCAGAAAUCAUCCAGUACGCAGCUGGCGCAGAGGAAUGAACCUCUCAAGACCCUCAAAUCGCAAACUGCGCCGCCAUAGAUGGCACACCUACCAACAGGUCGAGGGACUAUGGCUGACCGGCCAGGCCCGGCGCGCCAGGACAUGCGAUGAGAGGGAGAACUACAGCACAUUUCAGAAUCAUGCAGGGUUGCAAGUGGCCGUGGGCCAGGCGCAGCGGAAACGAACUGCGGGCCCGGCCAAAAAAGACAGACAGAUAAUGACAAAGGAG